AUGGACGUCGCGUUCGUGGGGCGAUGGAGUACAGUUCGCGGCAGGCAUGACCCAGAGUCUUGGUCGGAUGCGGCCAGCACGAUUCGCACUGAGAUGGACAAGGUGGGACAUGAUCCCGACAACGAUAGCGCAGAAAACACUCCAGCGAAAAGGCGGAAAGCCAUUCUUCAGGGUGGGUUCGAGGAUCGUGCCAUUGAAUCGGACGACGAGCGUGUGCAACGGUUCUACCUGUCGCUCGCGGUGAUGCCGGAUGGCCAUGCUUUCUCGUUGAAAGACGCCGCGGUGCUGCUUGACGAUCGACCGCCCAGCACCGAGGACGAAGCAUCAGCAGGGGGCGUAGUAGACGUUUUAGAGCGAUGGUCGAUCAUCCGUCCGGCACAAGGGACUUACCGAAUGCAUGAUGCCCACACCUACUUUGCGAGGGAGUGUCUUCUGGACCGUGGGCAUGUGCGCCGGCCUGCUUUGAAGAGGUGGACGAGGUAUAUUUCCUCCCUAGAUGUCCUCCGUUCCACGCGCUGCGCUGCGUUCUGAAGGGUUUAUGUCUGGCUAUAGAACGCUUGGGUGGAGAUGGCUGGGUCAAGACACGCCCUUAUGCGAAGGCGUUGGGCAUGAUGUUGGGAUCGGACGCUUUGCUCAAAACAACUGCCGAUGCUGUGGAAUGGUUUCAAGAAGCACAGGAUGAUUUGGAUGGAGCAUCCGCUUCGUGGCACCGACUGCUGUGGAGAAAAGGGAGCUUGGGGCAGACCACCCGUUCGUGUUAAACACGUGCGGGAACCUAGCUAUACGGGCAGAGCGAUUGGGAAAUAUCGAAGAGGCUGCGAAAUGGCAUGAGAAGGAGGUCG